AUGGAUGAUCGGGACCAUUUUCUUUUAGAACUCCUCCGUCUGGAGGGUCGCGGCAAUUUUUUACAUCAGGAAGCAUGUCGAGGUUCUGCAGGAUGCAUGAAUGCCCCUGAAUUUCGAUGUGAAGAUUGUCUUGGUACUGAGCUCUAUUGCAAGGCGUGCACGGUAGAAAGGCAUAUAGAAAAUCCAACCCACAGAAUUGAGUACUGGAACAGCCAACAUUUCGAAGACACUAACCUGCGGGAUCUUGGGCUGCAAGUUCAACUCGGACACCCCCCUGGUGAACGUUGUUGCAACCCGUCAUUGGUUCAUAACGACUUCGUGGUCCUCGAUAUCAACGGAGUGCACAAUAUUACACUCCACUUCUGCGAGUGUCAAACAGCUCAAUCUCGUACGACGCAACUCCUUCGCAUGCGUUGGUUCCCAGCAACUACACUGGAUCCGAAGACUACCACAACAUUUCGACUUCUCCACCACUUCCAUGUUCUUUCGUUUGAAUCGAAGGCCUCCACUUUCGAGUACUGGCAGACACUCGCACGCUUGACCAACAACACAGGCGUUAACCCACCAAAGGAUCGCUAUAACGCUCUCUUACGGAUGGUAAAGGAAUGGCGAAACCUCACCUUACUCAAGCGUUCAGGACGGGGCCAUGACCCUGGUGGGGUUGCGGCGACACAACAUGGUGCUUGUGCAGUACUGUGUCCUGCUUGCCCCCAUCCGGGCAAGAAUCUUCCAAAUGGCUGGGAAGAUACACCGUUUGAGGAAAGAUGGAAAUAUUCCUUGUUUCUAGCAAUCGAUGCGAAUUUUCGACUGGCGCGCAAAAAUGUAUCAUCCGACAAGGCCGACCCUGGUCUUAACAAAGGUUGGGCGUACUUCGUCGAAGAGGGGGCAUUCAAGAAGUUUCUCCAUGACACUGGAAAGCAGCCGCAAGAGAAAAGUAGUUGUGCGAGCCACAACGCUGUAAACUUGGCCGAGACUAAAAACUCUCGCGGUUUGGCAGCAACAGGGGCCGGCACGGUCGAUUGUUCACGCCACAACAUGAAGCGUCCUUGCGGUGUCGGCGAUCUCCAGAAGGGUGAGCGAUACAUCAAUAUGGACUACCUAUUCUUCUCUACCUUGCAAUACUCGAAGGACGUAGUCACGCUCAACGUGUCCUACGAUAUAGCGUGCCAAUGGAGCAAGAACAUAUGGGAUCGUAUGGCUACAUACCCAUGUCAAAUGCACGUGGAACGCAGCACAAAAGAGUUUGUGUUCCUCGUUCCGAAAUUCCAUCUUCCCGCACACGUCGCAUUCUGCCAAGUAACGUAUUCACACAACCUUAUCAAAGGGAUGGGUCGGACUGACGGGGAGGCACCGGAGCGCGGGUGGGCGAAUAUAAAUCCUGUAGCAACGAGCACUCGGGAGAUGGGCCCUGGCUCACGCCGCGACACCCUCGAUGAUCAUUUCGGAGAUUUUAACUGGAAGAAAGUGACCAACUUUCACAUCAGUCUAUUCCAAAAGCUCGUAGCGGCCAUACCUCAACGUGAUCAGCACCUCAUCGACUUCAACGAUUUCAAUGACACAUUGGUUGCCGAACGACCAGAGGAAGUCGCUCGGUGGAAGCAGGCUAUUGAAGGCUGGGAAGCCGAUAGAUCACAGACGAAUCCCUUCGAGGUUACAACUACAACCAUGUCUCUCGCAGCGGUACGACUGCGUCUCUCGCAGAAGGAGGCAGAAGAUUUAGAACAUGGCCUCAACUACUCGCUGCAUACCAAGGUAUCCCCAAGCGUUCUCGUGUCAUCGGGUAUUGAAAUCGAGGACCAUCAACGCCGGCUGGAAAGAGAGUAUGCUGCCUUGGGAGCUCACGCAACGGACCUUCAACUUACGAAAUUGCAAGAACGAAGCAAUGCACUACAACGCAAAAUCGAGCAAUGGUGCAAGGUCCAGGUAUUAUACAUGCCUACAGUCGUCCGUGUUCGCGCAUCCGAUACAGCUAGUACCGUAAGCUCACGGGAAGAAAAACCCUACGAGGUCAAACUGUGGUUACCGUCCCAACUCAAAAGGGCUUCAAACGAAUUCUGCGAGGAGCGUCUGUGCAGAUAUGAAUGGGAGCUGCGACAGGCACAAGCAUUUGAUGCUCUCGAUGAUCUCCGUCGACACCUCCGACUGCGCAGCCACUUAUUCAAGUUCAAAGACAAUCAAUUGCGUGGCCAGCGGGCGAAUACACGUGCAGCGGGAGUUCUCGCUAAGGUGGAUCUUAGCAUCAAGACAGAUGCAGAACGGUACCGUAGGGCCUGGACUGCUCUAGUUAUCCUGGGCGACAUUUUGCAGGAACAUAGCUGGCGAGAUGAUCUACUAAAGCUAGAACCUGAGCACGUUCGGGGAAUGUCUGAUGGCCACGUAGGCCAAUCCGAAGCGCUACGUGUAGAGUGGUGUAAAUCUCGGGCACGCUCACACCAUUGGACAGAAGAAGUCGAGCUUCUCCAGGAGGAGAUGCGGCGCGUGUGCACAUUCUUCAACUGGCACGCGGCAUGGUGGAUGGAUCAGGCAAACCGGAGGACUGGGUUGGACGCUGCAGAGUUAGAAGGCCUUGCAGCGUAUGCAAGGCGCCAGGCGGUCCUUCAGAUCAUGAUGCGGGACAACUGUCUAAGAAAAUGGCGUGCAGUUCCUGCGGCAAGCUUACCCCCAGCAGUGGCUGCGCCCUGA